AUAUCUCGUCAUUUCGUCUGUGUUCUUUGGUUUUGAUUUCUCAUUUCUUCGUUUGUUCAAUUUCGUAAUUAGCGGCUACAAUUUGUGAAGUGACCUUCGAUUUUGAUUGUUUUCUUUUUGAAUUAAUGAAAAGAGAAUCGGGGUUUUGUAACUCAUUCCCAAUUUUGUUAGGUGGUGUUGGUUAGGGUUUCUACUUUCUCGUAUUCAAUAGAAGUUCCUGAGAGCGAAUAGCGUAUGGCGGCUGAAAAGGAUGCUUUUUUUGUUGUACGGAAGGGGAAUAAUGUUGGAGUCUAUAAAAGCAUAAAUGAUCUUCAAUCCGUUCUUCGAUCUUCUAUCAAUGAUCCUUCUUUAAGUGUCUUCAAGGGGUAUGGCUUGUCCAAAGAAGCUGAGGAGUAUCUCUCGUCUCACGGGCUCAAGAAUGCUAUUUAUUCAAUUGACACCAGUGACUUGCAUGAUGAUCUUUUUGGGCAACUUAGUAUUUGUCCUUAUCGGGAACCGAAUUCAGUGAAGGAUAAAUCAUCUGGCAAAAAUCAUUCAGAUAAAAGGCCACAUCAGGACGUAGUUGGAUCAGCUUCAUUUGCAGCAAAUCCUCAAGUGAAGCAUGCCAAAUUAGAUAAUUUCCUUCAAGGUCCACCAAUUUCUUCCUAUUGCACUUCAUGUAUUGUUGAGUUCGAUGGUGCUUCAAAAGGAAACCCUGGACAAGCUGGUGCUGGAGCUGUGCUACGCACAGCCGAUGGAAGCAUGGUUUUCCGAUUGCGAGAAGGCGUGGGCAUUGCUACCAACAACGUUGCAGAGUACCGAGGUGCAAUUCUAGGAUUAAAAUAUGCUCUUUCAAAAGGGUUUAAACAUAUACGAAUUCAAGGAGACUCUAAACUCGUCUGCAUGCAGGUUCAAGGUUUAUGGAAAACCAAAACACAAAACAUGACUGAAUUGUGUAAAGUGGCUAAAGAGCUCAAAGAUCAGUUUGUAUCUUUCCAGAUUUGUCAUGUCGAAAGGGAAUACAACACCGAAGCCGACGCCCAAGCGAACCUCGGAAUACACCUAAGGAAUGGUGAGAUUCAAGUGGAAUGUGACGUGAAAUGAAGUAUAGCUUGCUGUUUUGAAGAAUCAUGGAGUACACUAUGAUCGAUUGCAGCUUCAUUUGGUAAAAAAAAAAAAAAAAAAAAAAAGAAAA